GUCUUUCUCCCUGGAUAGAAGCAUGGGCACAAAACUGCCAUCUCAAGACGAAUUUCAGAACUGGACAACUUUUCAAGUUGCAGAUCUCCUAAGACAGCUUGGAAUGCCUGAAUCUGCUGUGGUUGUAGAAAAACUGCGCGUGAAUGGAUCUCAUUUCUUGAAUAUAUCAGACUAUGAGCUGAGCCGAUUCAAAAUAAUGCACCAGCCGAAGCUUCAAAAGAUGGUGCAUGACAUCAAGAAAAAUGAAAGUGGGAUAAUAAACAAGUUCAAAAAGUUCCAAAAUGAACAAGUGGCCUUAAUUUGCAAAACUGGGAAAGAUACUUGGGAUCGCCUUAAAAAAAAGCCACCACCAAGUCUACCACAAAGGGAUUAUGCUACAGAACAUGCAGACAAUGAAGAGGAACAAUGGUCAGAUGAUUUUGACAGCGAUUAUGAAAAUCCAGAUGACCACUCUGACUCUGAGAUGUAUGUGGUCCCCAGUGAAGAGAAUCCUGAUGACAGCUAUGAGCCACCUCCAAGUGAGAAGGAGAAAAAGAAGAUUCCCUCCGCUUUCCCUAUUUCUAGGGGCGAAUAUGCAGACAAUCGCACCAAUCACCAGCAGCUUCCUCCCAUCAACAAACCUCUUCCAAGUACACCCAGUCCAGCCAUGUCCAGACCAAAGAAACCAUGUGUGCCAUCCCUGCCACUGCUGUCUCCUGCUGCAAAACCAAAAGUACCACCAAAGCCUAAGGAGUGUAGUGAUGAUGAGGAUAAUUACAUUGUGCCAGUGGACAACGAUGACGAUAACUAUAUUGAACCCACAGAAAGCAGUAUGUCACUACCUACAAAAUCUCCUGGGAACAGAUUUAUGAAGAUAACAAAGCCAGGCCCCCCUACUUCUCCAAAGCCUUCUCUUACUUCUGAUAUGCAAGAAGUCUACGAGGUUCCUGAAGAAGAGGAAAAACCAUCACCACCACCACCACCGGUAACCAGGUUCACUAAGCCACUUCUGUCUAUGCCUGCUAAGAAUACAGAGCACUCCCACAUGCACAGUAUGACCAGAGAGCCACCUAAACAAGAGACUUGCAGAAAUAUUUUGCCUCUUCCCAGAAGUCGUCUUCAUCCAAAACCAGACCACGAAGCAAACAAUAAUGAUGAGAGUCAGAGAUUCAAUAACGCACAAGAAUCCAGAUUUCUGCCUGGAGCAACUCCAUCUCCAUUACCAAGGGGCCUCAAGAAAACUUCUAAUGUGGUAAAUUCACCAAAACCAUGUUUACCUUCCAGAGAGAUCUUAACUGCAAAUGAAGAAAAACCUACAGCAGCAGAACGACGACGAAGUUCCAACCAAGAGCUUCCACUUCCACCCCUUCCAAGUGGUGCACAGAAGCCUCUGCUCCAAAAGUUCUCAAUUCUGCCAAAAGUGCCAGAAGCUGCAAACCGUUCUCUGGGCACUUCCCCUCAAAGCAGCACUUCAUCUAUCGCAAGUUCUGCAGACCAGGAUGCUGGUGUUCACAGUAAAGCAUGGUAUGCUGCUACCUGUGAUAGGAAAAUGGCAGAAGAUGCAUUGUACCGAUCAAACAAGGAUGGAUCUUUUCUAAUAAGAAAGAGUUCUGGACAGGACUCACAGCAACCAUACACACUGGUUGUGUUUUACAACAGAAGAGUAUACAACAUUCCUAUACGAUUUAUUGAAUCAACAAGACAAUAUGCACUGGGCAGAGAAAAAAGUGGUGAAGAGCGCUUUGACAGUGUUGCUGAAAUAGUAGAGAAUCAUCAGCGCACCUCCCUGGUUCUAAUUGACAGCCAAAACAACACAAAAGACUCAACAAAACUGAAACACAUUGUAAGAGUUUCUUAAUCAAACUGAACUGCUAAAAUGAAGUCUUCUUUAAUCAUUUCUUUCAACAUCUGAAGACAUGGACAAGGUAUUAAAAGAAGAAAAUCCAAAAUAAUGGAAAACUUUAAGAGCACCUACUGAGUAGUAAGAGAUGCAGUUCAUAGAGUUCAACCCCACAUCACUUUUAUCAGAAAAGUGUUCACAUUUAACACAAGAAGCCAAAGCAGAUGUACUCUCAUCUGUGAUUUCCAUCUGGGACAACACAGGUAUCCAAAGUCAAGUGAAGAACAACUGCAUAUCACAGCCUGGUCCUUUGACUGCUAUUUAAGGACAGAUAUCCUGUGGGACAUUUUCAUUUUGAAAACAAGAAUACUCACUGCUUUUUCAAUUUGUUUACCACAGAUCACUGCUUUCAGCAAUUUCUUUGUAAAGUGCACAGCCCCAGAAACUAGACCAAAUCGACCUAAUGUACCACCGUGCACAAGUUGAAAAUAGGACUGUAUUUUAUGUGAUCAGUGGCAGCAGAGGUGCCUGAAUGUUACAGAUUAAUGGACAUGUGUUGUCCUUUCCCUCAGCUUUACCCUGUUUCACUGAUAUUUUUGUUUAUAUUUUCAAAUGUGCAAAUAAAAUAAAAAAUAUUGUAAAGUCAGUACUGCAUAGACAUUGCUGGAUUUCAUCUCUUGGUAUCUUUCCAGCAAGAAAGCAUCAAUUCACUAUUGUUGAUGUUUUAAUGUAUAUAUUUGUAUGUGCUCCUUCACAAGUUGUUACGAAAACCAUCCCUUUUUACAGCUUUUGCAUGUAUUAUAUAUUUGGCUUAAUGGCUCUCAAAUCUUUUGUCUUCAAAUUACCUACUGUUGGUGACUCAAGUGCACUGCUUCAUUGCUAAAGUAAUUAACCACUCAGUUCUUGCAGAAUUAUUGUUUAUGGACACACACACAAAAACACACUCGCUUUUUCAGGCCUGUUCUACCACCAUGCUUUACUUAUUGUAUUAUUGUGUGAAGCAAGUAAAUUUGCACAAUGUUCAAGGGGUAAAAAUUAAUUUGAUGAAUGUAUAAAUUGCGUCAAUGAAAAACUUUUAGGAACAGUUGUUAAUUAGUUCUAGAUAUGUUUAAUUUCACUGGACCUGAAAACUCAUCCAUCUUAAAAGUAUUUUCCAAAACUGUCACUUUAUACUCACGUUUUGUUCUUUUUGUUCCAGGUUAGGCAGUGUUUUCUAGGAUUAUCUGCAAGGCAUUUAAGGCAAAAUUGAGUCAAGACUUGUAAAGUCCCAGCAAGUCACUUAGAGCCAUAUUGUAGCUGUAUUCUGCAACUACUUUCUUGUGCCUUUGAUCGGUUACUUCUACAAGUAAUGCACCUGUCUUCUAGAAAGAACUGCAUGCUAGUAUGAUGUUCAGCAUCUCAGUGUCUUCCCUCUGCAACCCAGGCAAUACUUAGCCCAGAUGUAAAGCAAGUAAUACACUGGCAAGUAAAAAACAAUGUAUACAGACUUUACACAAGCCUGGCUAUGACAGUCUGUUCACAUUACUACAUAAAUGCUAUGUUUAGUACAUCGCUCAGUUGAUAUUAGUGUUACAAUAAUAUUAUACUGAAUACCUGUGUAAUGUUUAGAGCAUUAAGACUGCCAAGUCAAGGUCUCAAAAUUAACAAAAGUUAGCAGUUCCUGCAAGUUUAAUUUAUUCCUUCUAUAUGUGUACUCAUAUUAUUGAGCUACUUUAAGCAUCACCUUAAAAGCUUACUCACAAUGGAAAGUACUCUGUGAAAAAGCAGCCACUCAAAAUUACUUAAGUAGAGUCCUUGUCUAUUCACUCAUGUAUCACACAGUAUUUAAACUUUGUACUAACAAAACUGUCUGCCUGCUAACCUUUCUAUGUUGCUCCUCACAAAUGUCUAACUUCUUCAAAGACUGCCUUCUGAGUUAAGUGUGUAGUACCACCAUCAUUCUAGAACUGUAGGGGGGAAAAAGAUAUGAACAAGUGAAAUUCAAGUGUAGGUACAGACUUGCAUAUGAGAGAUUAAGUAUCUAUUUUUUAAGGUAAUUAGCACUGCUGAGCACUUUAAAGCACUGCUGCUCCUGUCUAUGGGCUCUAAGUGCUCAGCACUACAUGUAACAUUGUUACUGACUUACAAAUAACAAGUAUGCUCUAGGCAAAGGUGCAGUUACAUUCACUCUCAAAACCUUUUUUCUUUUAUCCUGUUCUACAUGAUUACAGGGGUACCUUAUAGUUUUGACAACAAAACUAGGCAAGGAGUUGAUAGGCAAUACCACCUUCCACAAAAUAAUCCGUUCAGCCUGAGAACAUCUUAGGCACAAAAUAAGGCUCUACAGGGGAAAAAAA